AAUAUCACGUGAUAAGAAAUGGUUUUCCUCUGAGAUCAUGUGAUCUUAAAAAGUAAAACAUGGCGGAGGGUGAUACGUCAGAAAACAUACAGACAUGGGAGAAGCUGGCUUCGGACGGGGAGGAGGAGAGUCAGGUAAAACUAGGAGAGCACUACCUGAAAAAAGCCGACUCCGGAACGGAGGAAAACCGUCAGAAAUACGGGAAACUGGCCGUGACGUGGCUGAUUGAGGCCUCCAAACAGGGCAACGACAGGGCGGACGAGCUGCUUAAGCAAUGUCUUCAAACGAAAACUGGUGUGGAUGACUCCAACAGGGAAGUCAUAGACUGGUGUCUUGAGACCUCGGAUGUCGAAAAAAAGAUUCGGCGAGCCGCGAAGACCAUGUUUCGUGCCAUAAAUUCCACACAUCAGGAGGUGCUCUCCCGAGCCGAGUACAUCGACUCUGUAAAAAAACUUGCAGGAGGUGACAGACUGGAAGAGAAACUUCUUUUGGCAGCAGGAAAGAAGAUUGGUGAUACAAUUAGUGAAACAGAAUUUGUGAAAGUCCUGUCAAAGAAAAUUCAAGGGCAGAUAACUCUGUCACCAGAGGAAAGCAGUGAAAUGUCAGUUGAAUACAAACAUGCUGGAUUGUAUGAAAAGAUCACUAGGUAUCCUAAAGAAACAGCUAUAGCCUUGUACGAAACUGGAUUAGAAUACAUCUCCAAAGAAGGCUUAAACUUUGUGAUGAGGAUGGUUCCCACCAAUCAGAUUUACCUCCUGUCCGUUUUCUUCCUCUACAGUUUCAUCAGUGCCGCCCUCAUCUUCCAGGUGGUCCCAGUGGUGGUCUUCUACCUGACUCUAGCCGUCAUGGGGGUCACUACCAUACAGAUGUUUUACAAGAAGAGGAAAUUAGUAGAGGCAAGCAAGUUAGCUAAUGUUCUGAAGACAUACAAUGUUGGAGUGGAUGUAGAAAAGACAACGUCUCAGUUCUCCUGGAAUUCUCUGGCACCGUAUCUAGUAUUUUUUGGAGCGCUUCCUUUGUUGGUGGUCAGUUUCUCACUGGCUAACAAGAGUUACAUCCCUUGUUCAGAAAUCUGUGUGCUUUGUGGGGUGCUUUCAGCCAUCUGCUUUGCUGCCCUGAGUGACAGUUAUGACUUGAUUACAUUGCUGUCUCUGAUAUGUAAUUUUUUGUCUGCCUUGCCAACGUUCUUUCAUCAUUUUCCAAAGAUUCCAUUUAUCACCAAGCUUCUUCACCUACUAACUGAUGCAAUAUUUACUAUUCCUUGUGGGGCCGGGUUUAAGAUACACUUUGGAAUACCCUCCAUUGCAUAUUUGCUAAUCCCUCUGAUUUUCAUUGUGAUGGCUGCACAGAAGUCCUGGAAAGGUGUCUACAGAGUCCUAGUUCCACAUCUGGUCUGCUAUUUUUGGUUCAAUCUUAUGUUAAGUUUCUUUCCAUUUUCCUCAUGGAAGGGUUUGAUAAGGGCCACUCUGGGAUAUUUUUUUCUUCCCUUUUUGGUUCCCAUCACUCUGCUUCUAACCGUAGCAGGCAUCUUGUAUGGGGUUUAUUGUCUCUUACAAACACAGAUAUUUGGGAAGCUCUUCAUCACUUUGAUAUUUGCAGCAAUUCCUUUGCUGAUGUCUCAGACAAAAGUCUUGUUAGGAAAGAAGUUAGAUAGUAAAAUUAAGAAUGUGAAGAUAAUAAUGAUGGUAGUGUUUGGUGUUUUAGCAAUCCUUCCCCUCAUCUUUAUUCGAAUGCCUGCAGCGAAGAGUCCAAAACCAUUCGAAAUGUCUUACGAGGAAUAUCGAGAAUUUUGUGGAGAGAAUGAUCUUGGCAAAAGUUUGAAAUGUUUACACUUGCAGGGACAAAAAGUCACAUGGACAGGAAAAUAUGCAGGCACGGAAAUUAAAUCUGUAACAAAUAACGUGGAGCCGCUGUUGGGUGCAUUUCCUGCUUUCAUAGCGAAUGAAAUUCGUUGUUUAUAUGGACAAAGGUUUGGUGACUGUGAAGAUGUGAAUAAAACAGAAUCAGAUCGCAAACUUUGUAGAAUCAUGAAUGACCUUGGUCACGAAUGCCAUUUGAGGAAUCUCGACACGUACACGUUUGAAGUGCACGUGUUAAUGGAUGGAGGAAAGGUGAGGACAGAGCUGGAUGCCGGACACAGCUUUAAAGAGAUGCUAGCAGGUUUGGAUGAUAAUGACACCGUAGAGUUCACAGGGACGCUAAGUCAAGAUUUAGGCAGCAUGAACCCCAAGUUGUCCCUGAGACAUAUCAAGCCUACCAACCGCGAUCUGGCCGUCAUGAUGGGGCUGGAGGAGGAGAGCGUGGACGAGAUGUUGAUGAGAGAAAUGAAUAACGCCAUCACUGUCACCUUCAACUUCUUCUGGUAUCCACUUGUGGAAUAUGCGCCGUGAAUACAUUAGGCACAUCUAUUUGGUUAAAUAUCGCUGAAUUCUUCACAUUUUCUGCUCCAUAGCUGAUUUUUUUUUUCAAUUUCUGUCUAUACAUUCUCGGUCGAAGACAACACAAUGUUGAUAGGUCCUCUCUAGGUACUUCGCUAGUAAUCACACUGUGAUCCGCCUUUUUCAUUUGAUAUCUUCUCUGGGUUUAUUUCCCUUCUGGAGUAAAUAGUUUUCUUGCUGAAUUUUAACAUGGAUGGUGUGAUUUCUGAUUGGUUAACAGAAAGCUGACGUCUGUGUAUUCUUUCUGAUUGGUUAACAGAAAGCUGACGUCUGUGUAUUCUUUCUGAUUGGUUAACAUAAAGCUGACGUCUGUGUAUUCUUUCUGAUUGGUUAACAGAAAGCUGACGUCUGUGUAUUCUUUAAGGGAUUUGGAUGGUCUAGAUACAGUUUCAUUUCCACAUGUUUGAUUUUUCUCUGAAAAUGAUCCACGCGUGACUAACAGAGGACAUGGAAUGUUUGUAUUCUUAGUGGGGUUGUUUAGACUUGAAUAUUCAGUGCAUAUUGUAUACCUUGGGUUUUGUGUGUGUUUGGUUUUUUUUUUUUUUUUUAAAUGUUAUACACCCCCUAUAUACAGUUGUAUUCUGUCACAGUAGUCGAUUUAUUGGCUGGUGCCGGUGUGUUUAUUAAUGAUAUGUAAUUUAGAUACUUUUAUUUUCAUUGUUUUUUCGUCUUUUCCUCAACUGGAUGUAAAACUUCUUUUUCUUUGAUUUUUGUUGUUGAAAGAAUCAUAUGUUUAAAAAAGGUUACAUUAGAUUUAUCGUAUGGCUUCAUUCGUAUGUCUCCAUAUGAGUGAAAAAUUCUUGAGAGGGACGUUAAGCAAAAUACAAUCAAUCAUUCAAUCGUUUGUAUGGGUAUAGAAAGGCAACAUAGGAAUAGAUUUUAUAAUGUAGGCAGACGAGUGAAAUCUUAAUGAGGUAUUAAUCGUCAUAAUGACUGAUUUAAUUUUCAAACAGGAAUGAAAAUAUAGACAUCAGCAAUGUCUGUUCCUGUUAGAGUUAAUCGCCUUGUUGGGUAGCUCAGCCGGUUAAGGUGUCGACUGCUGAUCAUAGUCUGUAAAUCGUGGGUUCGGGUCAAGCGGGGUUUAUUAUUUUUUCAAGAUAUAUAACUUUCCACUAAAACUGAAUUUUUGACUACAUAAAGUAAAUUUGAAAGUUUUGAAUUUCAAAUUAUAAUACGCAAUUUCUGAGUUGCCCAAUAGUUCUUUCCCUUUGUGGAACUCUUGCGCACAGUGAGACGCAAAACAUACUAUCGUCCACACGUGGUGGGUACAAAUGCUUAUCGCUGCCUUGAUAUAUUGCCUAAAGGUUAAUUAUCAAACUUCGUGCAACCACCCAAACUGCAGGGACACAAAGUAUUAGUAUUUAAUAAUAAAAUAGCUUAAUUGAAAAUCGAUAAUUACCAUAUUUCUUUGAUUAAAAUAUCACUCGUGCAGAAGAGGAAAUCAACAGUAAUUUCAUAUUUAAUUUAAUGGUCUAAUUUAAUCAAAUGUUAUUCUUGAUAUGGUCAGUUUAAUGUAUGCCAACGGCUGAUAUAAACAAACUUUACACUUUCAUUACUUUUAUCCAUAUUAACAAUAUAGUAAAUGACAAAAUGUAUACAUCUUGUACCCACCCAAGCGUUCAACAGAACACUGAACGUACCUCUAUCACAGAAGAGCUGAUAUCUCGGAAGUUGCGUAUUGUACAUAUCCUCCACUUUCCAUCCAUAUCAAUUUUUUCUGGUGCGUUAUUCGUCCCUAAUCACAGUUGAUAUUUUACAUAUAGAUAGUUUAUAUUUUGUAUUCAUACACUUUCGUAUGUAGGUGCCAUGACUUUUUACUGUACUCGUUAUUUUAUAGAACACUAAAAUUUGUUUUCUAUUUGAAAUGUUUGUAUAGAUAAGCCUUUGUAUGUAUAUCGUAUACUCUAUCCGUAAAACACUGAUUUAUGUCUCAAAAUCUUUAAUCUGUAAAACCUGAUUCGUAACAGCUGUGAUUUUAUCAAUUUCGUGGAACACAAUUUUUUGUUGUUUUGGUGAUUGUGCAAGACCAUGAAAUAAAAUGAUCAAAGAAGCACAAAGUCUGCUUACAAAGGAAGGUCAUACAAAAUCGUUCCAUGAAAUAUUGUAAUGUGUUAAUUACGAAAUGGUGGGGUUUGAUUGUUAGUUGUUUUUUUCCCCACGAAAUUUAAUGUCCACGAAAACUGAUGCACCCAUAAUACUGUAGAUUUCUUAUUUUACGCGAGUACUUAUUAUCGCGGAGUGACUCGUAUACGUCAAAUCGCGAAACCAUUUAAUUUCUUAAUUCGCGAGUGGAUUGUUGUUGAAGAGUUUUUACAUGUACAUUGUUGCGUGUAUAGAUUAUUAUUUCAUGAGUGGCGUUUCUCACUGAAACACUAAAAUAUGUGAUCAUUUAAAUUCGUCGCGUACAUUUAAGAAUCUACAGUAUUUAAAGACAAUUAUAUUUGCCCUUUUAUAGGAGGAUAUGUUUUAUACACGUUUGUAAUUAAUGUUCAUAUUCAAGAUAGAUGUUUGAAAAAUAUGAAAUCGAAGAUAAUUCGUAAACUGUUUGAAACGACCAUUGUGCAAUACUACGAUGUAGGAAAACAUGUAUUUACAAAGUUACAUAUAUAUAUUAUAUAUUAUUACAUUAUCUUUUUGUCUUUCACUAAAUAUGAUGUAAACAUCAUGUGUUAAUAAAGAAAUGCAAUUUUGAAAAAUGGAUAUUGUCUCUCUUAUUCCAAAUAAACUUGGUGCAUGU